AUGGCAGCAGCUUAUGCAACUCUAGUUUCUGCUUUGAAUAUCAUAAACAACCUUCAUCAUCACCCUCGCCCUCCAGUUUCUCUCCACGUUAAACAAGUUGAGUCUCUCACUCAAAAAAUCAGUUUCCUGCUGGAAUUUCUCCAAGGCUAUAACCCCCAUCGUGACUACUCCAAAGAAGCGGAUCCAUUGGAGUCUCGCAUUGCAGAUGCAGCUUAUGCGGCCGAACACGCCAUUGAAUCUCAUAUUUUCAAAAAGUUCACAAAUAAUGGAGAAAAUAUGAGUGAUGAUGGCUUGUAUGAAGCUCUCGAGAAGGUGAUACAAGACAUAGCUUUGAUCGAAGAGGAGGCCAAGCAAAUUCAAGGGAGAGUUGGAGUCCAAGUCCAACAUCAGCUGCACACAAACUCAACGCCUUCGGAUUCGGCGAGAUCUUCUUCGAUCCCGCAGCAGAGUAGUAUGGUGGGUGCUGAUGAUGUCAAGCUUCAAUUGAUGGAUAAGCUCACUUCUGAUAGCCUUCAUCUACAGAUCAUUCCCAUUGUAGGGAUGGGCGGCUCUGGUAAGACCACUCUUGCUAGAACUGUUUAUGAAGAACGUCUUAUUAAGGAGCAUUUUGAUAUUUGUGCGUGGGCUACCAUCUCUCAAGAAUAUGUCAUUAGAGAUAUUUUUGCAGUAGUUCUUCCUCAGUUAAAUAUUGGAGUUGAUGACAAUUUGAGUGAGCAUGAAUUAGGAGAAAAGUUGUAUAAACAUCUGUAUGGUAGAAGAUACCUAAUUAUAAUGGAUGAUAUGUGGAGCAUUGAUGCAUGGGAUAGAGUUAGGAAUUAUUUUCCAAGAAACGAAAAUGGUAGCAGAAUAGUGGUGACAACAAGGCUAUUGGAUUUGGCUUCUACAUUACCCAACUCUAAUAGCAUUGGGAUGGAACUUUUGGAUGCGGUUGAAAGUUGGGAGCUUCUCUCCAAAACUGUUUUUGGAGAAAAAGGUUGCCCUCUUGAAUUGGAGGAAAUCGGAAAAAAGAUUGGAGAAAGCUGCAAAGGACUUCCAUUGUCAAUUGUCGUGGUGGGAGGCCUUUUGGCCAAGUCUGAGCAUACCAGAGAGUGUUGGGAAGAGAUAGGGGAAAACUUGAAUGCAAGCGUUGUUAAUUUAGAGGAUGAUGAACGUUGCUUGAAAAUAUUAUAUAUGAGUUACAAGCAAUUGCCAAUACAUUUGAAACCAUGUUUUCUCUACAUGGGAGUUUUUCCCGAAGAUUGGGAGAUUAGUAUGUCAAAGCUCAUUAGAUAUUGGGUUGCGGAAGGAUUUGUGAAAGCAAUAAGUGGGAAAAGCUUGGAAGAGAUAGCAAAAGAGUAUUUAAAAGACCUUUUUGGUAGAAAUCUUGUUUUAACGAGUACCAAUUACUGGGGAUGGAAGUGCUACCAAAUUCAUGACUUGUUGAGAGACUUGUGCUUGAGAGAAGCUGAAAAAGAAAGGUUUUAUAAUACCGUAUCAAAUAAUGUAGGCAUAAGCGUCUUGCCGCCUAUGUCACAAGCACGUUUGUUGACGUGGAAUAGGUUUGUUCUACGACUAUCACCUCUCAAUAUGAGCUUGUUGAGGAUAGUGAAAACAAAUGGAUACGAAUGGGACGAAAUAGAUAUGUUUGGACACUUGGAUCAAUUAGUUAAUUCACGGUUCCUUCAAAUAGAUUAUUACAAGUGGGAUAUUCCUUGUUUAAUAUGGCAAUUUUGGAAUCUACAAACACUAAUUGUUGACAACCUCAAUGGGGCUAUUACUGCGCCAACUGAUUUUUGGUACAUGCCUCGCAUCAGGCAUGUUGAGUUCUGCAGGCUUCGUCUCACAGAUCCUCCAAACGACCAAGAUGACAUUGUUUUGGAAAAUCUGCAAAGCCUGGGGAAAGUUGAAGGUUUCAAGUGUAGCGAACAAGUGGUAAAAAAAAUCUCCAAUAUAAAAAAAAUGGUUUUUGAUAAUAGUGGAGAGUGUGAUGAUGAUGAGAAGUAUUGUUUGAGCAAUCUCGAUUGUCUAACUAAACUUGAGUCCUUGGAUUGCUCCAUUUCUCCAAUAAUUAGUGCAAUCAACUUUCCCCUUUCGCUCAAGAGAUUGGUUCUUCGUAACAGCAGCAAAUCUAGUUAUUGUUGGGAAGACACAUUGGAUAAGGUAGGUGUGUUGCCCCAUCUUCAGAAGCUCACACUGGAGAGGGGGGGAUUCAACGAAGGGAAGUGGGAAACAACUGAAGGCCAGUUUCGCAGCCUCAAAUUCUUGAGUCUUAAAGAUAGUGAUAAUCUAGCAAUCUGGAAAAUUGAAAGCUCCCACUUUCCAUGUCUUGAGAGCCUUCAUCUUAAUGGACUAGAUGAGUUGCGGGAAAUCCCUUUAGAUUUCGCAGAAAUACCCACACUUACAGAAAUUGAUGUGUACCAUUGCUGCGAUUCGGUAGUGGUUUCUGCAAAAAGAAUAUUAGAGGAACACGAGGACUAUUAUGGGGAAGGAGCCCUUCAUGUUCACGUUGAGCUCUAUGAUAAGAACGAAGAAGGAUUGGAAGAAGAAUUGGAGAGCUUGGAUAGUCCUAAUUUUUGUGUUGAAAGUAAAAUGUAUUGGAUUAGUUUUGAUUUGUAA